UAUAAGAAGGGACUGACAAUCGAGGUAUCAACGCCAUCCGAUGAGUAGCUAGGCGGAUUUGAAGGUGUGCAGGUAACGGCAGCGCUUCUUUGAUUUGGCACGGAGCAUCACAUCCGGAAAAUUGCAGCGAGACAAGUUGCAAUUGAAGGCACAUGAUAUUGAGUAAGCGAGCGACCCGCCCAAUAUCACAAGAUACGCUGUGGUUGGUUUCGUUAUCGGACUUCCUCGGGCUGACAUGGAGCAUCUUGGUAGGAUCAACCAUGCAUCAUCAUUCGUCCCGUUUGGACCGACGCGACGCACAUUCUGGUUCCAUUCUGCUAAUUAUCCUGAUUUUUGCGCACGCCAUCGUUCUUUCCAAUCUGAGUAGACUGUUCCAAUAUGACGAACCAACCGAUUGUCGUUCCAUCAUUCCGGGGGCAGGCGGCUCGAAUUAAGGCAUGAGCCCUACUGUCGAUCGUCGACCUGAAGCGUAGUCUGCAACACAAAUGAAUACAUUUCAUGAUAAAGAGACACCCACGAAGCGGCCCAUCUGUGAGGUCAGUGCGGUGGUUCGUAACCCGUAGUGAUCGAUAGUGGGAGAGCCC